UUAAACAAAACUUCGACUGGGGUGUAUCAAGGAAUACCGACCACCUGAAGAUUUCGCAGUAAGAAGCAUCGGGACAACCCGAAAGCAAACCCGUUGAGUUGGAUCUCCUAUUUCAUACACAAUUCUCGAUUUACAGUAUUAAUCCAUCUUUAGCAUCGUACUCGACAAUACUUUUGUAUUCCGUAAGUUUGAGAAUUGCAUAUUGCUUAUUUAUCAUCACAGCGAAAUCAUGGAGUCGAAGAGUCAAUCCCAGGACUUCGAUUACCUAUUCAAGUUGCUGCUGAUAGGUGACUCCGGCGUCGGGAAGAGCAGUCUUCUUGUCAGGUUCACAUCUGAUACUUUUGAGGAUCUCUCCCCAACCAUUGGUGUUGACUUUAAGGUGAAAUAUGUCGUCUCCGGAGAUAAAAAGCUGAAGCUGGCAAUCUGGGAUACAGCUGGUCAGGAAAGAUUCAGAACACUAACAAGUUCAUAUUACCGAGGAGCACAAGGGAUCAUCAUGGUUUAUGAUGUCACAAGACGAGAAACUUUUACCAAUCUUAAAGAUAUUUGGGCUAAAGAGAUUGAACUUUACUCAACAAAUCAAGAUUGCAUCAGAAUGCUGGUUGGAAACAAAGUUGACAAGGAUGCUGAAAGGGCUGUUACCAAAAAAGAAGGAAUAGAAUUUGCUAGGGAAUAUGGAUGCCUCUUCAUUGAAUGCAGUGCAAAAACAUGUGUGAAUGUGCAGCAAUGUUUUGAUGAGCUUAUAAUGAAGAUUCUUGAUACACCAAGCCUUUGUGUGGAGGGCUCACAUGUCAAAAAGAACAUUUUCAAGGAGAAGCCACCACAGACUAGUGACUCAUACAGUAGUUGUUGCUGAUAGUUUCUUUUUUUUUUUUGCUUGGUCCCUCCCAGUUCUCUCCCUCCCGGUCAACUUUCUUACAAUCCUUCUGAUAUAGCUAUGCACAAUAGUUCUGUAUGUAUUAUUAUCACAUAUAUUACACAUAUAGCUCACAUAUACCAUUGAUGCACGAGUCAAAAUCAUUUUGCGGCAUGUGUGGCAAAUGUUGGUCUUCUGGCUAUCAAUCUUGAGAAGAUUUAUUACCCCACAAAAUCUACAUUUAAUGGUGAUACCCG